UUGCCUUUCCGUUGCUGCUGCUGCCCGAGCUUCUGCCUCCCACCCGCCGCCGCUGGCCGCGAAACUCCAGUUCCCCCCCCCCGGCCCGGCUCCCGCCGCCCGCCCUCUCCGCGCCCGGGCGAGGGGACCGGCGGCGCCGCGGGAGCCCCCCCCCCCCACCCCCCCGCCUUCCUUCCCCCGGCAGCGCAUGCCCUCCCCGCCCCGCGAGGCGCCUCCGCAGCCCCACGGAACCCCCCGGCCAGGGCCGGGGCGCCUCUCCCCCGACGGGCCCGGACCCUCGUGGAGACGCGGCCCCGGCGGCGUGAGCCUCUGGCCCUCCGAGAGCGGCGCGCCCUUGCCCGCCGGUGAGGACGGGAGGCGGAGCAGCGCGGAGGCCGCCCUUCAUCCCUUUCCUCCUCCUCCUCCUCCUCCUCCUCCCGCCGCCCGGCCAUGUCCAGCGAGGAGAGCUACCUGGCCAUCCUGCGCUACCUGACCAACGAGCGGGAGCCCUACGCGCCGGGGACGGAAGGCAACGCCAAGCGGAAGAUCCGCAAGGCGGCCGCCUGCUACGUGGUGCGCGGCGGCACCCUCUACUACCAGCGGCGGCAGCGGGACCAGCCGCGCUUCGCCGAGCUGGAGGUGGUGCUGCAGGCCGAGCGCCGCGUACGCCUCAUCCGCGCCGCCCACCUGGCGCCCGAUGGCGCCCACCGCACCCGCCUGCAGACCUGGCAGGGGCUCUCGCAGAAGUACUGGUGGCGAGGUAUUCUUAAACAGGUUAAAGAUUACAUUAAAGAAUGCAGCAAGUGCCAGGAAAAGCUAGACCGCUCUAGAUCUCUGUCAGAUCCUUCUGAAAUACUGGAGGAACUAGGACUGGAUGUAAAAUCUCAUGAAGACAGUAAUGAAACAGAUGAUGAAUUGAGUAAUACAGCGCCAAUCCCAGCUGCAACCCCAAAGCCUGUGAAGAAGCCCGUAGCAAAGCACGAGCUUGUAUUUGUUGACAGUAAGGGCCUUGUGAAGCAGUCAUCUUCCAAACAUUGUCUGUCAGUCUUAAACCAACUGAAUCAGCAGAGGCUUUCCAAUCAGUUCUGUGAUGUGACUCUGCUGAUUGAAGGAGAGGAGUACAAAGCUCACAAAUCUGUCUUGGCAGCCAACAGCGAGUACUUCCGAGAGCUCUUCAUUGAAAAGGGAGCUGUCUCUAGUCAUGAAGCUGUAGUGGAUCUGUCAGGGUUCUGCAAGUCCAGUUUCCUGCCUCUACUGGAAUUUGCUUAUACUUCAGAGUUAACUUUUGACUUCUGUAGUAUGGCAGAAGUGGCCAUGCUUGCCCGGCAUCUCUUCAUGUCAGAGGUCCUCGAAAUCUGUGAAAACGUGCACAAACAGAUGGAAGAGAAACAAAUUACGGUGUACCAAAAGGGAGAUAUUCAAACAGUAGAGUCGGCACAAAAUUUAGCAGAGCAGACUGAAGUUGAGAUGCAGCCCGUGAACGGUGCUGAGCAGCCAGAGCUGGCAGCCAGUAAAGUGCCAGCAGCUGUGAAUGGAGCUCCUUCCUCCGCAGCAGCACCCCAGCCUGACCUCCAGCCCCCAGAGCCUACGGAGGCCGCUCCGGACGAUCUUUUGAAGCCUGUGGAGCAGUGUGAAACAAUAGAAAAUUAUGUCAAGACGCAGCUGCUGGAGAGUGUUUCAAAUAGCACUGUGUCUGUCGUAGAGGCUGAGCCAUCAGCUGUGGAAGCUAUGGUCACACAAAGUCAAAUGGAAAUUAGGACAGAUCAAGAUGAAAGUGGUGAAGCGAAUGUGGACACUGCUUCUGAAGACUCCUCAGAAACACUUAAGCAAAAAUGUGGCGGGCAAAGUAAAGAACAGAGCAUUUCAGUUUCACAACCUGAAAGCCUAGGUUCCAGCCAGGAUGAUACUUACAAAAGCAAGCUUCGUCAGCGUUCUGUUAGUGAAGGGGGUUAUAUCAGAUUGCAUAAAGGAACUGAAAAAACCCUGCAAAAUAGAAAGACAAAUCCUAAGUCUGCAGUACAACAGGUUGCCAUGAAGCUGGUACAAAGAGGGAAAAAAAUUAAACAGCCCAAAAGAGACAUCAUGGAAAAUAAUGAAGUAGAAGACCAGCACAAAUGCACUGAGUGUGGAAUGAUGUUCCAGCGACGCUAUGCACUUAUAAUGCACACACUAAAACAUGAAAGAUCUAAAGAUUAUAAAUGCCCAUUGUGUAAAAAAGAAUUCCAGUAUGGUGCCUCCCUGCGCGCCCAUCUUGUCCGGCACACUCGGAAGACUGAAGUGAGCACUGCAGCUGCUAGUGUAGAAGAGACAGGCGUGUCUUCAGUGAAAGGGAGAACCAAACGGGAAUUUGUAUGUGAUAUAUGUGGGAGAACUCUACCUAAGCUCUAUUCUCUCAGAAUACAUAUGCUCAAACAUACAGGUGUAAAACCACAUGCGUGCAAGGUUUGUGGAAAGACCUUUACAUAUAAGCAUGGAUUAAAAAUGCACUUAGCUCUCCAUGAAGUACAGAAACAGUUCAAGUGUGACUUGUGUGAAAAGUCUUUUGUCACAAAAAGAAGUCUUCAGGAACACAUGAGCAUUCAUACAGGAGAAUCCAAGUAUCUUUGCUCCAUCUGUGGAAAAUCUUUCCACAGGGCAUCAGGACUCAGUAAACACAUAAAGAAACACCAGCCAAAGCCUGAAGUUCGUGGAUAUCAGUGUAGUCAGUGUGAAAAGAGUUUCUAUGAAGCUCGAGACCUUCGGCAGCACAUGAAUAAACAUUUAGGUGUGAAGCCAUUUCAGUGUCAGUUCUGUGGAAAAUGUUACAGUUGGAAGAAAGACUGGUAUUCUCAUGUAAAGUCUCAUUCUGUCACAGACCCUUAUAGGUGUAACAUAUGUGGUAAAGAAUUUUAUGAGAAAGCUUUGUACAGAAGACAUGUAAAGAAAGCCACACAUGGUAAAAAAGGAAGAGCAAAACAAAAUUUGGAACGAGUUUGCGAGCAUUGUGGAAGAAAAUUCACACAACUCCGGGAAUAUAGGAGACACAUGAACAAUCAUGAAGGUGUGAAGCCAUUUGAGUGUCUGACCUGUGGAGUCGCCUGGGCUGAUGCACGUUCAUUGAAGCGCCACGUGAGGACACACACUGGAGAACGACCGUAUGUCUGUCCAGUGUGCAACGAAGCUUACAUAGAUGCCCGGACGCUGCGGAAGCACAUGACCAAGUUUCACAGGGACUACAUACCCUGCAAAAUUAUGCUGGAAAAAGAUACUCUUCAGUUUCAUAACCAGGGGACUCAGGUAGAGCAUGCCAUCAGCAUUUUGGCAGCAGACGUGCAGGAACAAGAAACCAAGAUUAGAGUUGAUGAUAGUGAGAUUGAGACUGUGGUAGUGACAGGAGAGACGCUGGAAGCCAUUGGAGCAGUUGCAGCUACUGAGGAAUGUACAUCAGUCUCCACCCUUUCUGACCAAAGCAUCAUGCAGGUGGUAAAUUACGUAUUGGCGCAACAGCAAGGACAGAAAAUGGCCGAAGUGACACAGGCCAUUGAAACUGUAGAAGUAGAAGUGGCCCAUGUGACAAAGACUGAAUAUAGUAUAUGAGAGAGCAAAAAAGUCGAGGUCUUGCGGUCCGUGGGAGCUAAGUAUUUAACUGGGUAUCUGAGGCUUACAGUGUUGCCUGUUUUCAAACAGUUAAUCACCUUGGUGAUAAAAUCCUGUACCACGCAUUACAGGGAAAAAGUUAAGAUGCUUCAGGGUGGGCCAAGGCUUUGAAGGCUAAGAUUUCUGCACUGGCCGUAACUGUCAAAAACACACACAAAAAAAAAAAAAAAAUUAUGUGUCAUGGAGUAAGUAUCAUGCUGUAACUUUUAAAAAACAAAAAGGCAAAAAAUAGUGGCUGCACUAAAAACUAGAAAUGCACAACUAUUGGUAGCAUUUUUUAAACUUUUGGGUUUAUGUGCAUUUCACAAGUUUGCAAGCAAAUUACUUGCCUUGGAUUCUGUGUGUUUAUUCCCCAAGAAAAAGGGAUGGUAGGAUGCUUCAUGCAGCAUGUGCUUCAUGCAACAUAGAGAACACCUGAGGCUUUUUUCUUUGGGUAGAUGUACCAUCUGCAGUUAAGUGAAUCCCAGUUUUGAAGAACUUAAAUUCCAAGUCUGUGGGUGGCGGGUCCAAAGUUCAGCAAAACACUGUAAAAUGUUUUACAGAGAACGAGCAGGGGUCCGCUGAAGUCUGAGGAAGUGGUUCUCUGAGACAGAUUGUGAAUUUAAGUUGGCCCACUGCAGGGAGCCUGCUUAGAGGAGUAAACUGCUUUUUAUUUGUGAGGAGCUUGCACUUCAGCCUCUAUGCACAAACCGUGUUUUAGUUUGAUGAUGUUUGGUUGUGUUAAGGAAGCCCUCGCCUGCAUCGUUGUAUGUAUCCAAAGCAGGUGACCUAAUGAUGGAUGUUUCCAGUUUUGCAUUACAUUUGAGGUAGAAACUCUCAAAUGAAAAAAGUCUAAUGUCACACUUGUUUUGGAAUAUAAAUAUAAAUACGGAGGAAGUCCAACUAGUUAUGAUCUGAUCUUGUCAUGUAUCACGUUGAAAGGAGGAGCCCUGUUAACUCCCAGACGGGACACCUAGCAAUAUCAGGAUAGGGAACUAUCAAAAUUACCAGAGUCUCCAGAAGACCUCAUUACUGCUGCUGUAAGAAAAUACUUCUAGGGCAAGCUAAGUACCCAGUGAUACACCACAUAGAUGGAAGAACUCUUACUGGGUGUUGCUGCGAGUAAGCAUGAAUCACGGCUGUGCUUGGCCCCCGUUCAAGUGUCCCUGAUGUAAUACCACCACCAGUGCACCUCUUAGUCUGUACUAGGGGUGGGUCAUUUCAUUGAUGCUCGUUUGGGUGGGUUUUAAGCAAGAAACAUGCCUGUCAAGGUAACAAUGUGCUACGCAUGUGAACAAUCAGAACUGUAUUCUGUAAAUUGCUCUCAGUCUAUAGUAUUAUCAAACGUUUCCCAGCUUUGACAGCAGCAAGGUAUGGGAGGAGCUGGGAGCCUGUAAUAUUGCAGAGUAAACUUUGUAAGUUACAUGCAUGUAACUCUGUGCUACCUGUGAAAGGGAUCCACUGAACAAAAUUUAAGCAAAAUCUGUGACAAAGUAACCACCUCAUUUGAAUUAGUAUUUCUACCUUUCAUCUUAUUUAAUGAGACUCCCUCUACUAAGCUACAAAAUGGACUGUUCUUUUUAUACUUUGCAAGCAUGUAAAUAAGCAGUUGUUGAAAAUUUUUUAAGCAAUAUGUAGUUUGAGUUCCUGCCUUGGAUCUGAAUUAAUCUACAGAUGACUAUUUCAAAGGUCACGGUCUUCCUGCAGAGGAGUAAUCGAGUUAGUUAUAUAUCCUGCAGCCCUUUACAGUUUUGUUCUUUUCUAAUUACCAAAUGGAGUAAAACUAAUAUGAAUACUUAAAAAAAAAAAAAAAAAAACCAAAACAAAAUUAAAAAGACAAAACAAAACAAAACAAACAAAAAAAAAAACCAAACACAAAACCGCUAGCUGUAACUUGAAUUUUUGUAUGGUCAAGAAUCUGGAGAUAGCCAUCCUGCUUAAAGUUAAAAUACUGCCAUUGUGAUGGAAAAAAAAAAAUUAAAAGAGCACUAGGUGAACUUUAAAACUUACUUCAGUGUUUGUAUCUUACAAAUAAUUAUGUAUCACUAAAGUGAGGAAAUGUUCAAGGAAAAAUAGCUGUAAAUAGCGCUGGAACAUUAUUUGUAUAUUUAGUGUGUUACCUUACAAAAAGAGUAUUAUGAGCACCUUUAUAUAUACGAGUUUAAUUUUUGGUGCAUUUAUUUAUUUGCCCAGAAGAAGCAGAAUUGAAUCUGAAUUUCAGAGCCUUGUUACCCACUGUAAAAAUGCUUUAACUGACUUGAUGGCCUGCCAUUUAAAAACAAACAAACAAAAACUCACAAAAGGUUGUUUCCUAAACAAGACUCAGCCAGGAAUGUCCAAGCUGAGUGUUGUGGCACAUCUUUCCUAACAUUCUGCACCUUUUCAGAAGGGCGUGAGGUAAGUAGGGAGUGUCACCCUGAGCUUUCCUGUUCCUGUAUGUGUGAAGUUGCCUUAUGUUUUUCUUUAGACUUAAUUUAAGAUGUUCACUACCCUUCUGCAAUCUAUUUGAAUUCAGGCUGCAAAUAUGCAGUUGAUACUAUUUAAUUUUAUUUGUUUUAAAAAUAAACUUUGUGAGAAGUGUCCAUUUUUAAAGUAUUCCUAGUGAUUUCCUGUACAUAAUGACUUUGAUUUGUACAUUCUGCUGGUUUUAUUUAGUGUUAAAUGUAUAAAGUUACGGUUAUUUCUGUCAUUAAAUAAACUGAGCAUUGCCAUGAA